AAGAAACGGUUUCCGUUUAUACAGGAAGUAAAUGCUAAACAAUUCGCGUGACAAACUGCACCAGACACACGGUUUUAAAGGCGAUUUAAAUUGUGUCAUUUGAUUCGUAAAUUGUGCGAUUUAAUAUUUGAAGAUUAACAACCUUUUAAUCUAGAAGAUUGUGCAUUUGGUGUUUGAACCAACUGGAUGUUGAGUGUGCGGGCUCUGUUUAGGAUUGGGUUCCUUGUGACAUUACGGGCAACCACAGUCCUCUCCCGCAGGAGGGCAUGUCCAUUGGUCAGUGUGACAAAUAGUCUAUAUAAGGAGUGCUUCAGUGGACAAGUGUCCACCAUGGCCCAGUCCAUAAAAUACCUUGGGCAGGAGGAGGCUCAACAAAUUGACGAGGAGUUGUUCUCAGAGUAUGGCUUCAGUGUGGACCAGCUGAUGGAGCUGGCUGGGCUCAGCUGUGCUACAGCAAUCACCAGGGCCUACCCCACCAGCUCUCUGGUCAAAGCCAGACCCUCUUUGCUUGUGAUUUGUGGCCCAGGUAACAAUGGAGGAGAUGGCCUGGUCUGUGCCAGACAUCUCAAACUCUUUGGUUAUGCACCCACCGUACUGUACCCAAAGAGGCCAAACAAACUGUUGUUCCAGGGUCUGACCACCCAGUGUGAGAAGAUGGACAUCCCUUUCCUAACUGAAAUGCCUGAGGCAAUGGUGGUCGACGAGGCUUACAACCUGGUGAUAGACGCCAUCUUUGGCUUCAGCUUCAAGGGUGCAGUGCGGGAGCCUUUUGGCUCCAUCCUGGAUGUGCUGAAGAAGACAACUGUACCCAUAGUUAGUAUUGACAUCCCCUCAGGUUGGGAUGUGGAGCAGGGCAGCACAGAUGGACUCCAGCCAGACAUGCUAAUCUCCCUGACUGCCCCUAAGAAGUCAGCAAAACACUUCUGUGGACGCUACCACUAUCUGGGGGGACGUUUUGUGCCUCCUGCCAUGGAGAAGAAGUACCAGCUCAACCUUCCUCUGUACCCCAAUACUGACUGUGUGUACCAGCUGCAGUAGUGCCAACCAGGGAUAUGUAUGUAUGUAUGUAUGUAUGUAUGUAUGUAUGUAUGUAUGUAUGUAUGUAUGUAUGUAUGUAUGUAUGUAUGUAUGUAUGUAUGUAUGUAUGUAUGUAUGUAUGUAUGUAUGUGUAAAAAAUAAAGAUUGGUGGGUAAAUGUUGUUCGCAGUGAGUAAAGUAAUGCUCCCAUGUGUUUGCUUUUACCCUCCGCUACACCACUGGUGUCAGCUGUAUAUGCGAAAGGCUGUGCAAGUACACUUGGGGUUUGAGAGGUUAUCAACGUCAGUGGAUCCAUUAGGAAUUGGAUGAGAUUUUUAUGUACUGUUUGCACAAAAGGUUAUAUCUAAAUGAAUGGGUCUUUUGCUGUUUCAGUUUGAUUGAAAUGUUUUUGCAUUCUUAUAAGAGUUUGGAUGGACAGCUAUAAUUGCAGUCUGUUAUUUAAAUAUUAAAAAUGUUGAGUUUGAUAUUAUAAAUGGUCAAUCUUAAAUUAAUUGUAUUUGUCAUUAUUAUCACUUAACAUUGUAAAUUGUAUGUAUGUGUCUUAAUAAAAUGUACAUCUAGCAAGACCAA